CAUCAUCACUAUGUCUGGACACAACAGGCUGAAGAACAACUGUUUCAGGGAUGCAAUACUAGUUUGCCUGAUGGACUGUUUCGCCAGCAUCUUUAUCGGCUUUGCCUUCUUUGCCUGCGUAGGCCACGUUGCCUACUUACGUGGUGUAAAGGUAGAUGCCUUCGAGUCAUCGGGAUACAACCUUGCAUUUAUAGUAUACCCCGAUGUCCUUUCUUCCCUCCCGAUGCCCCAGUUGUGGUCUGUGUUGACGUUUGUCACAAUGAUGACACUGGCUAUAGAUUCUAUGGUCCCAAGCAUCGAACUGAUCGUAGCUGCGAUAGAGGACCUGCUUCCCCAACUCACAAAGCGACACUGGCUGGUUAACGCUGCAGUAAUCCUUAGUCUGCUGCUGUUCAGUCUAAUUUAUGUGUCCCAAGGUGGUAUAUAUGCAGUGACGCUGGUGGACUGGUACGCAUACUUUCCUUCUAUCGCCAUGUUCGCCAUGUUGGAGUGCAUUGUAGUUGGCUGGUGCUAUGGAACUGAGAGGCUGCAGGAAGACAUCACCAGCAUGUGGGGACAAAGACUCACAAGGUUUAUGGUCAUCAGUAUCAAGUUCGUGUGUCCUUUACUUCUGUUUGUGGUGUUCUGCUACUCUCUGUAUUCCUACCGGCCACCCAAGUACGGGGACUACAUCUAUCCCACCUGGGCAACAAUUGUGGGCUGGCUCAUAUCUUUGGCUUCACUCCUACCUCUACCCGUCGUCUUCAUCUGGACCAUCGUUAACAGACAUGAAACAACGCUUAAACAGAAACUAAAGAAAUCUCUGGAGCCCAAUGAAGACUGGGGUCUCACAGCCCGACAGGAGUGUUCCAGUGGAGUCUUACAACCAAUGGUAGAUGUCGAAUUAACACCCGUCUAAUCAGGAGACAUGCAUGUGAUUUGGUGACAACUUACAGAACAUCACAAAUGAAUUGAGAAGUGUGAAAAUGUUCCUGAACAUGAUUGGUGCCAUGACAAUUGCCACAACAUUACUGAUGCCUGUAUGUUCUACCAGAACCUUACUUGUUAAUGAGGAAUGAAUGUUCCCUCCUAAGUGUGAAUGAGUUUAGUUUUACGCCGCACUCAGCAAUAUUCCAGCUAUAUGGCGGCGGUCUGUAAAUAAUCGAGUCUGGACCAGACAAUCCAGUGAUCAACAGCAUGAGCAUC